AUGGCGGACAAGCGUAAGGGUUCUCGAAGACUUGCUGCAUCGCAAGCUGCCAUGGCGAUUCGAUCGAAGUCGACGAUGGUGAAACUGCUCGCAAUUCUCGCGCUCGUCAUUGGCGGGUUACAUUUGCUCCGCGCGUCGUGCAACCUUUUCGCGAGCUCGCGGAGUCCGUCAUCCUCCGAUUCUUCCGCUGGAUUUUCAAAUUCCUCGAGAAUACCGAAGCGCUUGUUUAUUAACUACGCGCACAAUUGCUGCUACGUAGGCCAACGGACUUCGUGUCAGGCCGCGUUACAGCACGGAGCGGAUCGCUGCAUUCAAUACAAUCACACCUCUUUGGAUCCCGACUUUACCUCGCGAAACAAUAAGAUCUUAUCCCUUCCUCGAGGCGCGGGAUACUGGGUGUGGAAACCGUACCUUAUACUGAAGACUCUUUUAGAGGAAAUGGAGGAUGGAGAUUUGCUACUAUACGCGGACGCCGAUAGCACCACAAACGGCGAUCUAUCCGCGUUAUACGGUCUUGCAGCAGCUGGUGGCGGGGAAAGCUAUGCUUCUGGCGGGAUAGUGGACGGGCUUGUAUCGAGGAUGGCGUUAAACGACGGGGAUGAUUCAGACGGCGCCGUGAAAGAUAUCAUUAAAUGGUCUCUAAGUCAACAGGAGGUUCAUUUAUUUCAGUUCCCGCCCAAUUUCGUGGAAGCAUGCUGGACUAAGAUGGACGCUUUUCUUCUGCUCAACUGCACGGAUGAAAGCGUUUGCAUGAAAUCCGCCCAGGCCGAUGCCGGAUUCUCCGGGUGGCGCCGCGGGCGGCAGUCAAUCCAGUUCGCCGCCCAGUGGCUGGGGUACAUGGAGGACCCGCGCGUGUCAACGGACCUGCCGAACCAGCUGGCCACCACUGGAACAAGGAGUGACUUGCACAUUGUUCAUGCGUGCACACUCGCAGCAAAGGAGGAGAAUAACGUUAUGGUGGUUGUGGAGAGUACGGAGGAGGAAGCUGUAUAUCCAUCACGCAAUCCAAACUUUUGGCUGAGCAAGGAGGCAGAGGAGGAAGAGCCAGCAAGGCAUCAGAGGUGGAGGCAGCAAAGAAGGCAUGAGUAG